UCAGAUAUUUGUGAUUUGAAUUAUGUCCAAGUAGUCAAACAGAAACAUUGGCGCUUUGAGCACGUAUUCGCGGGUUUUACCAAUUCCAAGUUUAAUCAAACUAACUAAACCGUACGGUCCGAUUAGUAUCAAAGUGAUCACCAGCACAUUCAUUAAUUUAACCAGUUGGCAACAGAAAAAUUUGAAACGCGUUAUUAAAUUCCUUAAGCAAAGUAAAGUGAAGUAGCAAAUAGGAAGACUGAUGGUGUGCAAGGUGCACCAACGUCUUGCGCGCUGAUAAUAAAUGAUGAAUUGUUAGCAAAGUGUUUAGUAUUUAACUGAUGGCGAUUUAAAUUCGCAUUGCCGUUGAUGGCUACUCAUAAAUUGUAUGUGCAACAGCGCGCGAGAAUGCUUGUAGGCCAACGAUGUUUACAUUUUUAGGAAGAAAAGAUAAAUUAAAUAAAAAGGUGAUUGAAAAUAAAGUGUUGCUUAGGCUAAAAUUAAAUACUACCAUUGAAGAAUAAAUAGAAUUAAGUGUAAAAGCUAAAUAAACGUGAGGUGAGGUACAUACGAUUCGAACUUCUGUGCAAUCAAAAAAAAACUUAAAACAUCAAGAAAAACUCCAAUAACUACAAAACCAACGAGAAAUGUUGUAUUAUCGAACACUACCCUAAGAGUACAAGUAUUUUGCUUAUGUGUGCAAUCACCUUUUGUAAUAGCCAAUUUGUUGUAUUUCGCUAAAUUUACAAUACCAAGCUGGCCACUAUCAAAACUCAAAACAAUUUGUUCUAUUUUAAAGGCAGCUAUAUAUAUUCAACUAACAAAAUAAUUAUGGAAGAGCGAGCAUAAAUGAAAAAUACAGACAAACAAAAAUAAAUAAAAGUAAAACUUGUCAACAUUGUCAUUAUUUAGAAAAUUUAUGAGAUCGAGAGCAUUGUUGAGCUCGAGCGCAGCAGCGCACAAUUGUAUGCCACAUUGACCGAUCAACCAAAUGAACUCAAGUUCAAUGCAACUCAACGCAGUUCAUUAAAGUUCACCAUCCACCGGCGGGAUCUAACCAUACGUCGUCAUCGAACUAUUUUUGCCUUCUUUACUUAGCUAGGCAUUUUAUCGUCGGCCGGCAUCUGGGCUGAAGGCAAAAAUAUUGUACAAAGCAUCUGCGGGUAUCGGGUAUGAACAAUCAGCUACCCGGUUUUCCUGCAUAACUACCGUAGACGUUACAGUGCAACUGUUGGAAAAUUACAACCUGCCGCAGCAGCAGCAGCAGGGGCGUCGGUGGCGGCAUUCAGUGGACUGUGCGACGGCCACUUUUGAUUUAUGGCUGUACGCGUUUUAUUGAGCUGUUAUUGUUAUUAACAGAUUAUUGUUAUUUUAUCUGUGUUGUUUACAGUCAUAUGAAUGUGUAUCAAACAUUGAGCCUGGUGCAAAAACUUCAGUGAGAAUUACUGCAAACGAAUACGUUUAUAAGAUUUAGAAAGAAAAGAAAAAGGAUAUAGUACAUAUACAAACGAACUUCUUAAUUUGAAUUCACCACAUCUACAAAUGAACAAUAAAUUGUCAUAGAUACUAAAAAGUUGUAAACACGACUUGAGUCAUUCGAAGAUCACGUGAUUAUCAGACCGCUGGAUUCGCUAGCCAACAUGGAUCCCGACUGUUUUGCAAUGUCUUCUUAUCAGUUUGUUAAUUCGCUCGCUUCUUGUUACCCGCAACAAAUGAACCCGCAGCAAAAUCAUGCAGGGAAUCCCAGUGGAGGUACCAAUGCUGCCACUAGCAAUGGCGGUCCAGGUGCGGGCGGUGGAGGCGGUUCUGGUGGGCAAGGCAACUCAGGUCCUGGCACUCCCGGUGGCAACGAUUAUUUUCCAACUUCUGCCGCCUAUUCACCAAACCUGUACCCCAACACACCGCAAGCGCAUUACGCCAACCAAGCGGCCUAUAGCUUAGGCGGAGGUGGUGGCGGCGGCCAACAGAAUCCCGACAUGGUGGACUACACUCAAUUGCAGCCGCAACGACUACUCCUACAACAACAACAACAUGCACAUGCGACGGCGCAGCAUGCCGCUCAACAACAACAGCAACAACCGCAUCCGCAACAACACCCGCAACAGCAACCAACACCACAACAGACCAACAUUAGUUGUAAAUACUCCAAUGAACCCUCAACGCCAACCGGCAACAAUAACAACACUAACGCCAGCAACAACAAUACUAACACACAAUCUCUAGCCAGUCCACAAGAUCUGUCAACGCGAGAAAUCUCACCGAAACUGUCACCCACCUCAGUAGUGGAGAGUGUGGCAAGGUCGCUGAACAAAGGCGUACUGGGUGGCAAUCUAGCAGUGGCGGCAGCUGCAGCUAAUAUAACAAACAAUCAUAGCGGGGGUGGUGGUGGGGUCGGUAAUGCUGGCGUGAAUGUCAACGUCAAUGUAAACGUGCCAAUGCACAGUCCUGGUGGUGGUGACUCCGAUUCGGAAAGUGAUAGCGGUAACGAGGCUGGCAGUAGUCAGAAUAGUGGCAAUUGCAAGAAGAAUCCGCCACAGAUCUAUCCGUGGAUGAAAAGGGUACAUUUAGGACAAAGUACUGUAAAUGCCAAUGGUGAGACGAAACGACAACGGACCUCAUAUACUCGAUAUCAAACGUUAGAACUAGAGAAAGAAUUCCACUUUAAUCGCUACCUGACCCGCCGAAGACGCAUCGAAAUUGCACACGCGCUCUGCCUCACCGAACGACAGAUAAAGAUCUGGUUCCAGAAUCGACGUAUGAAAUGGAAAAAGGAGCACAAAAUGGCAUCCAUGAAUAUCGUACCAUAUCACAUGGGUCCCUAUGGCCAUCCAUACCAUCAAUUCGAUAUUCAUCCGUCACAAUUUGCUCAUUUGAGUGCAUAGGACGCGUGGCACUUUUCGGGUACUGGUUAGAGACUCAAUCAGUUGUAUCAGGAACCAUAUCAGGCGGCGGCAGCGGCCAGCGUAGCAGCAGGCGGCUAUCAGACACAAAACGCACAAGAUGCCGGCAUGUCGCUGGGCGGCGGUGCCGGUGUCGGUGUUGGUGUAGGAGUCGGUGCGGGCGGCGGAAAUUCGCUGUUCGCUUCCGCGGCUGCCUCCAAUGCUGAGUGUGUCAAAUAUCCGCAAGAGUUCUGAUCUCAAAUUAUCUUUAGAGAACAUCAACAGCAAUUGCAGCAACAACAAGAACAUCAAAUACAACAUCAACAUGAGCAAUACCAACAGCAACAGCAUUCGCAACUACACCAAUACCCGCCUCAGCAUCAUAGCCAGCAUAGCCUACAGCUGGAACGAAUUCCCGAACUGCCACUCUGUGGAGAGAAAGAUUUAUGUGAAGACACAGAGACGACAGAACUAGAGUUCAAGGACGAAAUUGUUGGUGGUUGUAACAUGUAUUGCUGCUGAGAGAUGCUAAUGUUGCUGUUGCAAUAAAGCUGUGGAUGCUUCCGAGGUUGCUGCUACUGCUGCUGCUAGCGACAGCUGACCAAAUUAACAACGAUGAUAAUUUCUGAAUGCAACUGAUUUGUGUUAAGCAAGCAACGAGCCUUCAAAUGAAUAUGAAAGGAGCUCUCGUGAAGGGUUUGUGCCUAUCGCCGACUCCUCCGAAAGCAGCUCGUGCAGGUUUAUGAUACUGGUCAGUAAUGAAGAAUUCCAACAAGAUUUUUGAUUACUUUGGAAACUUGUGAAUCCUCCAUAAUGUGUAUAUAUUGUACCUCAAAUGAAAUGAGAGAGCUUCGAAUUGGAGCUUUUGCAUUUCAUUCCCUUUUCGUGGAAAUACGAAAACCGUCCAGUAUGAUAAACCGCUAUAUUCUCUAAGCAGUAUUCGAAAAGCCAUUAGAUGUAAGAAAACACACAGCACUGCCCUCAGCUCACAAGCUCGGCAGUUUAGUACAAUAGAAAUUCAAAUUUCGAUAGUGAUAUAAUUUCAAACCAAUUGUUUAAAAAUAUGUUUAUUUUAUUGCCGUAAAUCUCAUACGGACAGUAACACGGAUGAGAAAAAUAAGAAAAAUGGCGAGCGAGUUUGUUAGCGAUGGCAAUGCUGUGUUAGUAUAAUUGUAGUUUAAUCUGGUAUUAUGUAGAGAGAUACAACAGUGCUUCUCAAACUGGACGCAAAUUUUUUAAAGGUUUGCGGUAACACUCAACCAGUUGCUCUCAAAUAUCACCCUACACUCAGUGCUCUCAAACUGUGCAUCAGUUUUAAAUUUUCUGUAUGUAACUCAUGUCUUGAACCAUUGUGAACAUUGGCAGAGAACGUCUAUUGGGAAAUUGGGAAGCCGACGACGUCUCUAUCAAAUGAUGUUUGCAAAUUGUGGCGAAGUACUUAAUUUGGUUAAUUGGUUGAUUAUGUUUAUGAAUAAUUACUAAUAUAAAUUUGUUAUUGUAUUUCAGCAGUUUGUAUUUUUGCACUGAAAAAUUUUGUGUACAUAUGUAUUUAAAAUAUCUGUUCAACUUUUUAUGUAUGUAUGUAGUUUUUAUUGUUUUUGUUGACACUGAAUUUUUAAGAAUUUCCGCAAAAAGAAUUAAGAAUUUUUAGCAAAAUUCGCAAUGAAAAUUAGAAAUCAUGUUAUUUUAGAAGGUUUAUAAAAGUAAAAUAACUAAAUUUUAUAAACAAAACAAAACUAAAAACAAAUUCGGGGAAAACAGGACAUUUCUGAGAUUUCUUUAGUAAUUAGUCAGAUAAAGUGAAGGGAGGCGGAUUCGAAAAAACUUCUUAAAUAUAUAUGUACAUACAGAUGUACAUGCAUGUUUUUCAUAAUAUUUCUGAUGCUAUUCUUGUCUUAAGAAUCUACAAAUGUAUACAUGUAUGUAUGGAAACUUAUGAAAAUGCGAUAUCCCACUCUACUUAUAAUCUACAAUUAGUUUUAAUUAAAUAAUUUUAUUGAGAAUUUCACAUUUAAUUUUUUGUGUUUUUUUUUUUUUUAUUAUAUACGUUUGUAUGUAAGUAGGCUGCUAUUUUUUAUUCCCUGUUGUUGUAAAGGUUAGUGCAUUCUUAUCAGUCUAGACUAAGCAAAUCUGAAACAAUUGGAAAAGAUUGUUUUAAUUAUAAAUAAAUUAGAUCAAAAUUGAUUGAUGCCCGAAAUAAUAUAAAUCAUUUUAGAACAAAUUAUUUCUAUUACAAUUUUUUAUUUAUACAAUAAUUUUGAUUUAAUUGUGUUUACAAAAACUGAACUAGUUCCAUAAGAGAUUUGCAAUAUCAGUAUAAAUAAUGAUGAUUAAGGCAAUGUAAGAUGUCUAAGGGAGAUCUUAAAAAGUAGCAUAUAUAAAUACCAACCCAAUUUAUAUAUGUAUGUAAGUAAGAAUGCUGCAUUCCAUGUAAAGAAAAUUAAAUGUAAUAGUUAAAAAAUAAAACCUAUUCAAAAACGUCAUCUACUGUUUUUAAGCGGAGAAAUAUUGAAUACAAUUUCAAUGGAAAAAUUAGCAAAGUAAAUGCAAUUUAUAUACAUAUAUAUACACAUAAUGUGAAAUAUGUAUGUAGAUGAAAUCAGUUGCUCCGGAUCUAGUGCGCAAUAUAAAUUAGAAUACGGUAUAAUAUUGUAAGAUUAUUGUAACGCAUUAGAUAACUAAACCCAACAUAGAUUUAAAAAAAUUC